AUGUUCAUUCUUACCAAAAUUUCAGAUCUUGUGCAGAUUGCACCAGAAGACUUUUCUAAGCGCAGUAUAAUCGCCAUUGAAGACAACAUUAAUGCCAAAUAUGCCAACAAGGUUAUCCAAAAAAUCGGCUUGUGCAUAUGCCUGUAUGACAUCCUCUGGACGUCAGAGGGCCUCAUCGGCAACGGCACUGGGCUGGUCAAUGUGAAUGUCGAGUUCCGCAUGAUUGUCUUCCGCCCAUUCAAGGGCGAAGUCAUCGUCGGCCGUAUCCGCAGCUCCACGCCCGCCGGCAUCAACGUACGGACAGACUUCUUCGACGACAUGUUCGUGCCCUUUGAAGAGCUGCCUCCCGGCGCUGAAUAUAACCACUCUGAGCAGCUUUGGAUCUGGAAGUUGGAUGAUCAGAUGCUAUUUUAUGAUACCCACGAAAUGGUGCGCCUGCAGGUCAUUGAUGAGGAGUGGCACGACCAAACCCCGAUUGGCCCUACGCAAGCCGAAGACUCACCCAUCAAGACUCCCUACCGCAUCAAGGGCAGCAUGGCCAAGGAAGGUCUCGGCGUAUGCCUGUGGUGGGACUCAUAG